AUGUUCUUUCAGACAAUGUUCCCGGGUAAUGAAGAAAUACUUCUACGCAGUCGUCUUUAUGUCAUUUGUGGCAUUCUUGUACUUAUUCCUAACACUAUCUGCCUUGUUGUAUUCAAUUCUAGCAAGGACUUCCGACAACGAUUCGUCUUUUUUACUCUAUUAUCUGUUUCGGAUAUGAUAAAUGGAAUCUCAUUCAUAAUGUCUGGGGCAGGCCGACUGGAUCUCAUUCUACACGAAAAGUAUUAUAUCAAAAUAAGCAGUUACGAAUGUAUGACCGAAUAUUUGUGGCCAGCAUUUCUAUUAUUCGGAGGGCAGUUACCUGCUACGUUUCAUUGUCUUUUGACAGUUGAAAGAGUUUUAGCCGUUAAUCGAGUCAGUUGGUACAGGAGUUGUUGGACAUGGAGACAUAGAUUGUAUCUUUCAUCAUUAGGAAUCUGCAGUUGUGUAUUUCUGAGUUUCAUUGCAUUUUUUGUUUCCUCCGCCUCUCCAACAAUCAAUGAAAAUCGAAUGUGUGCAGUGAUGGAUUCUACCGGAAUCGUUUAUGGAACCAUUCAUUACUGCUGGAUUGCCUGCUCCUACAUGAUCGCAUUUGCGGUUACUCUCAAUUUAUUUGUAAAAUCCCACGGAUCCAAGUUUCUGAAUCAUACGGAAAGACGAAAACAAAUGGCAAUUCUCAUUCUUUCGGGAAUCAAUGUUUUGAUGGUGAGCGUACCGAACUUUGUGCUGGUUGCUGAUCAGUGGCAUGCUGAUGAAUUCGACGUACUUCUUGUUGGUGUCGCCUAUCUUUUAUACGGAUUCCAAUCAUGUUUCAACCUUCCCAUUUUCUAUUUUUUCCGUCUUGAAUUCCGUCGUCGAUGUCACCAACUUCUCCGAUUCCGUCAACCCGGAUCGAACACAAUCGUGUCGAACGACAUAAGCCGACAGAAACUAUCUCGUGUUCAUGCUUCCUUUGUCAACACUGCUAUAUAA